AUGCCUCCCCCCGCAGAUGCUGAAGACCGGGCCGUUUCGUUCCUUCGGGAGAGCCUUCCCUUUGCCCACAGCGACGAAAAGCCGCACGUCACAUUGACUUUUGCACAGUCUCACGAUGGCAAGAUCGCAGGCAAAGGUAAAUCGCAGCUGGCGCUCAGCGGCCCUGAAAGCAUGCUCAUGACGCAUAAGCUCCGCACACUCCACGACGGUAUCUUGGUCGGCAUCGGUACGGUCCUCAACGACAAUCCGCAGCUCAACGCACGACUUCUCUCAAGUCCACCUCCCGUAUCACAGCUGCCACGGCCGAUCGUUCUCGACUCCGGGCUACGGAUGCCGUUGUCCUGCAAGCUCAUACAUAACUAUGCUUCCGGAUUGGGACGGCAACCAUUGGUGCUGGCGUCAAGUGGCGCCAGCCCGGCUAAGCGAUCUCGACUGGAAGAGGCUGGCGUUGAGGUGAUUCAGCUUGCCGGCAACACCUUGGCAGGUCUGCUCGACUGGACGACGCUUCUGAAGCGUAUCCACGACGCCGGCAUCCAGCGACUCAUGAUAGAGGGGGGCGCUGCGGUCAUCGACAGCCUGAUGCAGCAGCCACUGCUGAUCGAUGCCUUAAUCGUUACCAUCGCGCCAGUGACCAUCGGUGCAGAUGGCUUUGGCUUUUCGGCCAAGCUGCCAGAUGCUUCCGAGGCAGACGUCUCCCAAGCGUGGGCAAGUCCAAAUCGUGCUGCAUUUGGGAAGGACGAGGUCGUCGCGUGGCGAAAGCGUUGA